AGGGGGAGCGACGAAGACCAAGUGGUUUCCUGGAAAUUAAACUAACUGCGUCAGGUUGUUGGAAUAUAUUUCCGCGACUUUUAAAAAUCCACAUUUUCUCUCCUGUGUCCAGCAGCAGGCAGGAUGUCUGUGACUAUGACCAAGGCUGAAGGGGUCACUGUGUUCACUUUGACCUCGGACCCUCAAAGUGCUUGGCCUCCUCUCUGCCAGAUCUUCAAGGGCCUCUGCUACAGUCCAGUUUGCUGCUCGGUGUCUCAGCACCUGAGGGGGAUCCAGAGAACUUCUCAGUCAGCACUGGGGACUCUGCAGAUCAUGGUUGGGCUGCUCAAUCUUGGCCUUGGAGCCAUCUUCCUCAGCUCUCAUUCUAGCCCUUGGUGGCUAAUGGGACAUCUAAAGUUUCCUUUUUGGUUGGGAGCAUUGUUCAUUGUGUUUGGCAUCAUGUGCAUUUUGUCUGAGAAGUACCCCAGUCCAUGUCUGGUCAUCCUCACUGUGGUUCUGAAUCUGGCAGGAGGUGCUUUUGCCUUGACAGCCAUUGUCCUCUACAGCAUGAACAUAGCACACGUAGAUUUAUGGUGGUAUUGUGACCGUGAUGAUGACUACUGGUACGAAAGACAUCAUACAACAACUCCAUCUCCGGCAAGGGACUUCUUGAGGGAAAGAUGCUUGGAGGCCAAAGAACUGUCUCUGAUGCUGCUGAGAGGAAUGAAUGGCAUCCUGAUCAUCCUGUCGGUCCUGGAGCUCUGCGUCGUCAUCAGCUCUGCCGUGUUGGGGAUCAAGGCUCUGAGCAGCAGAUGGAAGGAACCAAACAAGAGCGCUGAAGAGCCAGAGUACUUCAAACCACUGCUGGAUGAAGUCACCACUGAUCCUGGAGCAUGAAUGUCGGCAGGAACUGGGAUCCUGCAGCUUCAUACCACUGACUCUGUACUGCAGCGUCAGUGAAGCACUCAGUCAGAUGGUACAGUCUGCACAUUCUGACACUUUCCUGAGCUUUGCUUAAAAAUAAAUGCACUUCUACUUUACCAUCUUUGUUUGCCAAUAAUCUGCACUAAACUGAAUAUGCUGCUGUCCAUUUUAAUCUUUGUUUUGGUCUUUAAAAGUAAAGAUUUUUCUAUCGAGGGAUGUUUUACAGUCAAGAUGUUUGUUGCUAGAAAUUAGGUUUGUAGAUGUUCAUGUGGCAUUACUGGGCCUGUUCUGAUUUCUCUUUACAAUAUUAUGCAUGUCAAUAAAAAUAAAGGUAUAAAAGCUAUGGACUGUUUUUAUGUGUAUGAACCUUUAAAAAAGUGUCUGAAAGUUAAAACAGUUACAUAUUUUGUGUGCAAACAACAUGUGAAGGGAUGAAGAUGAAUUUAAUAUCAAGCUGUCAUGAGAUAGAAUAAAUAAUCUGAAUUAAUACACUGUCAGUGCUGUGAGUCGCUGUAGAAUUAUUAUUAUAUUAUAUUAGUUACUGCUGACUUAUUCAGUGAUGGAAAGUACAUCUACUUCUGAAAUAUUCCUUUUAUCACUUUAUACUUCAUUUUAAAUGUCAACUUUUUUACAAUACCUGGUCCUGCCGAGUUAACUAUUAGCAGCUUUUUGUGCUGUGUGUCACCGACUGCACUGACAACCAUCAGUAAACUGCUUUAAUCGUAAUGAAAAACUUAACCUGAUGAUUGUCAAGCAAGCAUGUCUGUUCACUCCAGUCUGCAUCACAAAAUCUUUUGAGUAAUUGUGAGAAAAUCAUCUCACUUUCAGGAAAUGUGCGUCAGAAUUUCAUAAUGAUAACCAAUGUGCAAACACGUAACCGGGCCUAAAACCCGAGGCUCAGUUUGCAACACAGCUGCAGGAAGGAGAAAGUGCCACUACUGACCUGAGAAUACUCAGGUUUUUAAGAAAGUCAUUCAGUGGCACCAAAAAAGAAACUAAUAUAUUCACAUCACACAAAUAAAAUAACAAAUUGUGAUCCAAAUCAUUGUAGGAUAAAUGACUGUGAGGUAGUCAUUAUUACUGUACACUGUAAACCUGCUCUAAACUGGGAAAAAGUCAGUUAAAAUGUUUUUAAUUGGGACUUGAAAACUGGCAAUGAACGUUAAUAUUUAGGUUUUUUUCUAUCUGCCCAGAUUUGGUGUCAUCAUGCAAAUGUGCAUCACACUUUUAAAAAAAGAAAACAAAACAUUAAUAAAUCAUCAACACUGACCUGGAACUCACACAAAAUGACAAUAAACACACUGAUGUGUCUGAACCUCCA